AUGUUUUCUAUAAAAUCAAAAUUAAAUUCAUAUCGAUUGUCUUCGGGUACUAAUGAUGUAUAUGAUAUUCGAAAAUAUCAAGCAACAGAUAUUGCUAAUGAAUUAACAUUAAUUAAUCAGAAUUUAUUGUUACGUAUUAAACCAGAAGAAUUAUUUAAUUUUGUAUUUCUAUCUAGUGAAAAGAAAAUGUUAGCACCAAAUCUAACAUCAAUGGUUGAAUUUUAUAACAGAACAGUUCUUCUAUUUGCUACACAAAUUUUACAACAAAAGUCAGAUAAAAUGCGUGCAUCUGUUAUUAUGCAUUUAUUUUCGGUUAUUCAACAAUUAUACAUAAUAAAUCAUGAUAUACAUAGUAUUCGUAUCAUAUUAACUACGUUUGAUCAUCCAUCUAUAUUUCGAUUACGUGAAACAUGGCGAAUAUUUCGACGAGAAAAUCCAAAAUUUUAUACAGCAUUGAAAUAUCUUUGGAAUGUUCUUAGUCAAGACAAUAAUUGGGAAGAGUAUCGUUUAUGGCUUGAAGAAAAAUUUAUUAAAGAUUGUUUAAAUAAAAAACAACCAAUGUUAUUAUUUAUUGGAUAUUUAUUAUCAAAGAUGAUUAUUGAUCAUUAUCGAUAUUAUCAAAUAUCUCCUAAUCAUAAUGAUUAUGAAAUAUUUUCACGAGUUAAUCGAAUACUUAUUGAAUAUAUUAAAUCAUCUCCAAAACAAUUAUUAUUAGUAAAAAAAAUAAAUUCAUUUUAUUAG